AAAAAAUUCACAGUAUACGUGGUAUUUGGGAAAGAACAAUAGCAAGCUUGUAUUGUGGAGAAAUGUCUCUUGUACUAUCUAGGGUUGAUUACCUGAGUGUUGGAAUAACAUCUCGAGGAACAACAAAAGUUUUGCCAUCUUUCGAUCCCAAAAUUUCACAAAAAUUUGCUGUUGGAGAUCACGAUGGAGUUCUACAAGUGUACGGUUUCAGAAAAGGAGAGCUCCAACUAUCGUUCAAAUCUCUUCCUGGUCCGAAAAUUGAAAAAGUAAUGUUGGGUGGAUCGUUGAAUUCUUCAAAAGACAAGAUUUUCAUAGCAUAUAAUAACUCCGUGAAAGGGUUUUCAAGAAAAGGAAAAAUGUUUCUUGAAUUUGACACGAGUCUGAUUGAUUCAAUCACAGCAAUGUAUGUUUUGGGACCGAAUUUAGCAGCAUGUGCACGUGAUUUAUAUCAUCGCUAUGAAAAUUGUAAAGAUAGCGAUUCUUAUUUAGCUGGAGAAAUUCUUCAUGAUGUUGCUUUGAUACCAGGUGAUAAUCAAACGGUAUUAGCGAUUCUAGCGUGUGGUGAUAACGCUAUUCGCGUUCUCACUGGCACUAAAAGACCCACAAUUCUUCGACUUCCUAGUGUACCUACUGUUCUUAAAGUUUGGACAGAAAGUAAUACAGAUUCAUGUAACCGUAUUUUGGUAGGCACAGUAGACGGAAGGAUUGGUUUAUUGAUACUACAAGGGUUGAAAACAAUUCGUAUUACGUGGAUAAUAAACUCGCCUGGUUCGGAAAUUUCAUCGUUGGAUACAUUUGAGCUUGAAGAUGGAAUCGAUAUUUUAGUUGGUCGACAAGACGGUAUGGUUGAAGUUUAUAAUUUUACUGACGAUGAAGAUACAACACCAAUUGUCAGAUAUUGUUACAAUGCUGAAGAAAGUAUCAGUUCAGUUGUUGGAGGUAUAAUUGGAGCAGUGGGUUAUCCAGAAAUUUUGGUGACAACUUAUUCCGGUAAAAUUUUCGGAUUAACAACACGACCACCUGGCUCUUUAGAAAUCAUGACAAGUAUGAAAGUUCUUGAUCGCAUAAAAAUGGAGAUUCUAGAGUUGGAGCAAAUACUCGCUGAAGAAAGCGAAAUCACAGAAUUUUCUGGUGAUAAUUUACUACCUUUGGUCUUGUCUGCUAACUACAGAAUGAACCUUGAUAGAGAAUCUGCUUCUUACGGACUAUCGAUUGAACUUGAUUCUCCAAUUGAUAACAUUUUAAUUCAAUCUGAUAUACCAGUCGAGUUAUUGGAUGAAAGUAAAAGCUCAGUAAUGAGUUUAUCAACUUGUGAUGCUCACAAGGGGAACUUCGUUUUAGCUACAUAUCGUUGUCAGAUAAAUACAAAUCGUAUCGAAACUCGAUUUCGAACAAUUGAAGGACAAUCUGGAGCUUUUCAAAUAUAUGUAACAACUCAAACACCUCCAAAAGCAUGUCGAAAAAUUCGUAUACCUAUUCAUGCAUUGUCACUCCAUGCACGCCUUUCUACAGAGACUGAUACAAGUGCCAGAUAUUCUCCUGAUCUUUUUAAUAAGCUAGAACUUAAUGGUAAUUUCUCAGUUUCUGAAAUGCAUGCGUGGCUAUCAUUGGCUCUUCCUGAUAUCCCGGAGCGUCCGAAUUUACAAGAUGGUGAAGCAACUUUAAAAUAUAUUUCAACUUUUACCGGAACUGUACUUAUAUGUAAAUACAAAAAAGGAAAUACAGUGGUUUUGAGUGAAAAUAUCAAAAGUAUUAUUAUAAUGAAAGAUCUAUUGACGAGGGAAGGAACUAAAAGAAAAAUAAAAUUAGAUAUUUUUUGUGAUUUGGCUGAAAAAAGUAUAGCAAGAGUUUUAGAGCUUAUUUUACCAAGAUUUGAAGCUGCUCAUAUUUUAACAGAAAAAUUGAAAAUAUUAGAAGCUUUGCAAGAGAUGGAAAUGAAAAUAAAUUCUGAAAAUUUGAGCUCAGAGUAUCAGGAAUUAUUGAAAGAAGAAGAUGUCUUAAAACUUCAAAUGAUCAAGUACCCAAAGAUCCUUGCUAGACUUUAUGAAACCGUGAUAGAUUUAUUUGUUUAUUGGGAUAAAGGAGAAGCUUCAAAAAGAUUGACGAUUGAAACGACGAUGAAAAAACUAGAAAGAGCUCUUCAAUCAAGAAAUCUUCUAAGUUUAAAUCUUGUGAUAUUAGGAAAAGAAGAAAAUUCAACAAGUUCAACACCGAUAGUUUACCAUUGCACGAAAGAUUGAAAGAUCCGAACUUCAGUUUGACAACAACGUGAGACCGGGUGAGAAUCGUCUUAUAAAAAGUAACGUGUGAAAACGGUCGUCAUGGAGCUAGCUACUCGGCAUCUUUCUUUUUCUGGAAAAUAAUAGAAAUUUCGAGCAACAGAUUUUAAUUUUAAUGAAUUUGAAUUUUUCGUAUCCUGAACUAAAUUAUAAUAAUUUCAUCUUUUAAAAAUAAUGUUGAGAAACAUAAAUUUCAUGUAUACUUGGCGAAUUAAAACAUCAGGAUUUUUUUUUUUCAUUAUAUUCGAUAUAUAAUAAAAUAAUCCAAAUAUUCGAAA